UUCAGUUAGUUUGCCAACCAGAAGAAGAAAAACCUUCGUUCAUGAAGCUAAUAUUAUUAGCAAACCUUCGUUCAUGAAGCUAAUCGCUCACUGUUGAAAGAUGGAAACCACGAAGACCCUGGAAGUGCCAAGAAGUCUGAGAGAAACAUGUUUCCAGGCUAUCAGGACACAUUUCUCCGCUCUGGGAGCUAACGCAGUUCUGGCCAUUCCAGCGUCUCUCAUCAGGGAUCUUCUGCCCCACCUGACAGUUUGCCAGCUGGAUGAAGUCCAGCCUGCUCUGAAUGACAGAGGGAUUUCCACUUACUCUGGAUGGUUUAGUAUCCUGCAGGACUUUAAUAGUGAUUACUGUCCAUUAGAAUUCAACACAGAAGAAAAAGCCAAACAUGAAGUCAUGAGGUAUCUUUUCCCACUUGUCUUCUACGGCUUCAAGAAUCACUAUAUUAUAAAAAACAGCGAAAACUUAAAAAACGAGUCUUUCUUGUGGGCUGCAGCAAGCUGCAACACGCAGUUUUGGCUCAAGACAAACAGCUCCAAGCCUCUGCAGACGUUAACUUCUGACCGGCGGCCUCUUCUGACCCUCUUAGAGGAGCACAUUAGAACUAUUAUUCUGCCCCUCCCUUUGACUUUGUCAGAGAGCAACACAAGGACUGCGCUGUACAUCCUCCACCGCCUGCUGGACCACGGCUCUGCCUCACAACUUGUUCUACAUUCGGAGUGUCGAUCCGCUCUACCCUGGCUCCUACAUGGACGGGGAUCCCAGUAUGUGAACCCAGCGCUGAGGAGCCUUUUCUGCUCCAGUUGCAUCCUUUCACCCAGCAAUGAUGUCGCUGGUCCCAGUCUUGGUCCUGAGGAUGAGGAGCUUCACGUCUCUGUUUGUAAACGCUCAAGACUGGACUCUGAAAACUCGGAAGAAUCAAACUUAGCCGUGGACCCGCACGUUCUGUGUUCAGCCUAUGGACAAGGUGCUGUUCCUUCGGCUGGUCCUUGUCCGUGGGGACAGAUUACCCAUCUGGAUCUCAGAAAAUGUGGAUCUGAGUCUUUCAGAUGCCUAAUUCCUGCACUGCCCACAUUUUUCUGCCUUCGCUCUCUAACUCUUCACAGCUCCACUGUGUCGGGCUUCAGGGAGGCGGACGUGUUGAACCUGGCUGCAGCCCUGAAGGAGCUCUCUGACAGCUGCUGCAGCAGCCUCUCUGAUCUGAGCGUCAGUGUCCUGCCCCGCACCGAGCUCAUGAAGACCCUGCUGGAUGCCUUCCCCGGCCUGACGUCCCUGUACCUGGAGAUCCAGAGUGUCCUGCCCAGACCACGGUUCAUCCCGGAUCAUCCUCCAGCGGCUGCCGCAGACUCUACAGCUGAGCUAAUGUUGGAAAAGCUAACGGUGAAGAUAACUGAAGACCAAACAGACCUGCGGUCCCUGACCUAUCUGCUGAGCCGCUCCCCUCGCCUCACCUCACUUCACUUAUCUGGAAUAAGACCCACCGGUUCCACUCUAAACCAACUCCUCACAACCCUCUCAGAGUCAAAUUGCUGCCUGAGGGUUCUCCGCUUUGAGGAUGUGAAACUGUGUGAUUGUCUCCCUGAGGUCCUGAACAUAUUGAGGACCUUCAAGUUGGAAGAGCUUACACUGAACGACUGCCGUCUUCUGGAGAAAUGUAGUAACGAAGAGGAAAGACUGCUGCAGCUGGUGGCUGCUUUCAAACAGAUUCCUUCUCUACUCAAACUGAGUGUUGCACAAAACCGCCUGGCCAAGAAUGUUUGCAUCCUGGCAGAACUGUUCUCAGGACCCGGUCCAAGCUCCGUGAAGCACCUCAACAUCAGCUCAAACUUCAUCCUUCCUCCUUAUUUACUGGAGUUUGCUGAGAGUCUGAGGGCCCACCCCCCAGCAUGUAGACUGAUUCUGGACCUGAGGCAAAACCCAGCAGACCGAGACUUUGGCACAUGGACCAGAGCUGUCCAGAGGCUCCAGCCCAUCGCUCUUCUCCUGACUGAGAGAUGGAAAUCCACCGACAUGAUGGUGGAUCACGUCAGCAACAUGUGACAGUUUUCCUCCUCUUCUUCUGUCCUGGACCACCAACAGACUGGCUUCAGUCUACGUUUUACUCCUGAACCAAAAAACUCGUAGUUUAAGAAAUAUAAAUUGAUGUUCUGAGUUUGAACAAUUUAAACCUGAACUUUUUUUUUUUUGAAGACACAAAGGGAUAUUGUUCAGACGUGAUUUGUUUUAUUAUUCACUGAAGGAUGAAGGUGGGAAUGUUUUAUCCCACGUCUGUGUGUUCACAGAGCUGUCUGCAUUCUGUCACAUUGUUUUAAUGUUUGACCAAAAGCUUCAACUCUGUCUGUUUGGAUCAGAUUUUAAAACUCCAGCAUGGAGGACAGCAGCAGAUUUACAUUCUUUCAAACCGUUCUUUAUGCACGCUGUUCAAGUUCUGUUGAACAAAAAAAGAUUCUUAGUUUGACA